CUCCCGCAGAUCCCGGUUUUGCUUUACCGUAAAUGCUCAAAUAAUCGCCGGGGCUCUUAUUCGUGGCACUUUCAAUGCCCGUUCCUGGCAUGUUACCUAUCUCACGUGUUCCCUUAGUUCAAUAGGACUUAUCACAGGUCCUACGACAUCGUAAAUAACCGUUUAUAAAAAAUGCUUGUGUCUUCAUUGUGUUAUUUAUUCAUUUUAGCAUUGUAUACAGUGUAUUUAAAACCCUGUUUAUCAAAGUGUUUUAUUACACACAGGGUAAUAAUAUAUAUAGGCCUACUCUCAAUUAUUCGAGAGCGGCGCUUAGCGAGCGAAAAAAAAAUCACUUUUCCGGGUGCGGCGCCUAUUCAAGAGUGGCAUUUAUUCGAACAUUUACGGUAUAUAAAGUUUCAAUUCAGUUUUAUAAAGAACGUCCCGUUAAUGCUCUUAGUGAGUGGAGAAUGUUUUUUAGUCAAAAGAUUCAAACCCAGGACCUUGAGUUUACAAGGCAAUCACCUUAACAUGAUACAGUGCAAUGGAAAACGAAAAAGCAGUUAGUUACCACACGUUAAUAGAUAAGACUACGAAAAAAAUUUUGUUUUUCUAUUUUAUCAAUUUUCUCUUGAAUCAGACGGUGAAUGAACAAUCAAAAUCCCGUUAACGUCUGCGUCAAUGUGAACGUGUACUUAAAAAGACGCGCGAUAGGAUUCAGACACACUAUUCAAUUAAGCGGUUGAUACUCCCCCUAACGUUUCAAAUCUUUCAAAAUGGUCACAUCGUUGUUGAGAAUUCUCUAAGGACUUACCGGAUCGCGGCAAUACAUUUGUUUGUUUCAAUUCGAUGAAUUUCGCUCACACCAACUCUCUUUUACGUAACUAGAUAAUGGUUGUUAUUAUACGUCAUAAUUCUCGCCAGAUUAUUAUUCUCAUCAAGUUGAUACCACAUAGAAAUGCUUUCUUACAUUAGACAAAUAUGAUUGAAUAGAUUUUUGUUUUGAGAGUGAUUAUGAAGAAAGGUUACUGAAUUUGUGGCAUUUUCGUGCAUGGAUAAACUUUCAACGAUCGUUUUCCCAGCGACAAUAUUUUUCAUCAUUUUCAUCAGCAUUCCAGCAAUAAACGUGAAUGAGGCAAAAUCAAUAAAACGGCAUCGAUUUCUAGAAAGGGCCUCUGAUGCAAUUGAUAUACACAGCGCCGAACCAAUGAAAAUAAAGAGGAUUAAAGACUUACUGGAAGCAAAUGCGAUGAUGACCGUGAGGAAAAGACCGGCUACCCCGACCUGUACACCAGCGAAUUACAGAGAUUGUCACACAGACUGGAAGAGAGGAAGGCCUUUUUACCCCGCGCGCUACCUUAAAAGACAGAGAGUUUAAAUAGACAGGACUCAUAGAUUUUAAGGCAAUCAACUAAUAUUAUUAUGAUGGUUUGUCGAUUAGGAGUGAUGCAGGAACUAAAGUCAAUUUAAGUUGUCAUGAAUACCACGCUUUUCAAAUUAAAUUACUGAUUAUGUGGUAUGCACUGGGUUACUGGGGUUUAAAGGUAAUCUGAGUGUAAUUCUAAUCCACAAAUACAAAAUAAUUGAAUUAGGCCUACUUAUAAGUCGGGGGCACGUCACUGUGUCGUACCACCGUCGGCCGACAAAUCCGCAGGUGCCCCAGAAAGCCGGGCACACUGCGCAUGACUGAUGCGAUUCCAUAUCGUGCGCAACAUAUCGUUUUUAAUGAGUCCGCUUCAACUGCACCGGCAACCAUAAGACGGUGUCGCGUCUUAAGUGAUCACAGACGGCGGCGAUGGCGACGAUCGUACGAACAUCAACGAAGUGUGCCCGGCUUAAGGGAACUGACAUUUUAAUGUCAGUUAAUUUAAGAAUUAAUUAACCACAACAAGCUAUGGUUGGAUGGAUUUUUAAAAAUCCAUCCAACCAUGUGGUUAAUUAAUUCUUUGAUUUAUAAUUCGUUUUAGUCAUCAAGUAUGUUUAUCAUUGAAAGUUGCCGUACUCUAAUUUCUGAUCGAAAAAAAAAUUGAAAAAAGGAUUGGAUCAAGUCUACGCUAUGGCCUACUUAGGCCUACAGGAACUCUGUCUUGCUUGUCGUUUGAUGGAUCUUUUAUGUGUUCAACACAACUAAAACUAUAUUGACGCAAUAAAUUUUAGUCAAGCACGACAAAACCCUUUACAGUUUCUCAUUCACUGUUUAAGGCAUUCUCAUGCAUUUUGAUAACAAUUCCUUAAAAAACUCAUCAUACAUUAGUUUGAUAACUAUAUGUAUACGGUAGUACAUACAGACUUUGUCCACCGGAAAUUCAUUAGGCUUACAUUGGCAAAUCUCUUAAGUAAAAUAGCGCAAUAAACUCAAGCCUAAAUGUAUCGUCGACGUAUAACCUUUGUUGCUUAGUGUACGUAUCUAGGGAAAAUAACAAUGUAGCAUACAAAGAGACUUUUCACUCAACUACUGUAUUCUUGUACAAAUAAGUAUAGUGACUCAAUAGGAUCACCUUUAGUAUAUUAACACAACACUUUGAGCGGCCAUCUUUGUUACGGUCCAACUGAGCACGAUCGUCUCCCUUAUAAAAGUCAAGUGACGUCAUUAGAGCGUACUGUACCUAAGUAACAUCAAAACAAGUCACUUUACGGUUACCGUUACUAUUAUCUUGUGUUUCAUUACAAUGAUUUCAAUUAGCCAAUCAAAUACGUAGAAUUCUAGGUCGAUACGUACGUCGAAGUUGUGGCAUCGAUAAUAGUUUUAUAAUUAAAAUAAUUGAUUGAAAACGAUAAAUACCGUAAUAGGUACAUUAUUGAAUACUCCGGUAGGGAGCUGAUACAGGCCUACUGGGGUUUAAGUAAUGUGAAGUGCAAAAAGUUCGGGAGGAAAAUAGCCGGGUGGAAAACGACCGGGUAGCAAUACAGACCUGGGGUCACCAACCGGCCUCAGUGGCAAAUGGUCGGGAGGGAAAAGGCCUGAUGGCAAAGAGCCUGGACAAAAGGCCGGGUGGCAGCGGGCCAGGUAGCACGGUGCCGGAUAACUCAUUAAUUUAAGCGCAUAAAACCCUUGACAUGAUACGCUACAAGCAUGGAGGUAUUAUUGAGAAUAAUACCUCCAUGCUACAAGUAAGACACAACAAAUGGUAAUGAUACCUGCAUGAGGAAUCUAAUAAACUGAUUAAAUAGACGGGUGUAUGGGAAGCGCAUCAUGCUUUUAGGGCAGUGGGAGGCGGAAUGUCCUAAUAAUGUGACUGGGCGUUUCGUAUACAUUUCACCCUUACUGCGAACAUCACCCCCGGGUACGAAUAUAGGUAGGCCUACACUACAAACACAUGAAAUUUAAAUAACUUAUGGUACAAACUGACUUGCACAUCCUAGCGGAAUUAAUUAACACAUCAGCACAUCAUAAUUAACAAUCAAUAGGCCCACCCGCCCCCGACAAACGGAUGGUGAGGAGAUACUGUAUAAGACGCCUGUUUUCCAUUAUCUGGCCACAUUCAAGCUCCAUCCCUAUCAUAAAAUAGGACGAAAAGUGUGAGUGAAAUACCAAACUUUUUGUUUGUAUUAUUUGAAAACCAUAACGCAAGCCGAAUACAAUCAUGCGUGAAUGUAUCUCAAUCCAUGUUGGUCAAGCCGGUGUUCAGAUCGGCAAUGCAUGUUGGGAGUUGUAUUGCUUGGAGCACGGUAUCCAGCCUGAUGGCCAGAUGCCAAGUGACAAGACCAUCGGAGGUGGUGAUGAUUCAUUUAACACCUUCUUCAGCGAGACCGGAGCUGGUAAACACGUCCCUCGUGCAGUGUUUGUUGAUCUUGAGCCGACCGUCGUUGAUGAGGUCCGAACUGGUACAUACCGUCAACUCUUCCAUCCCGAGCAGCUGAUCACCGGCAAGGAAGAUGCUGCCAACAACUACGCUAGAGGUCACUUCACCGUCGGCAAAGAACUCAUUGACAUGGUUCUCGACAGAAUACGUAAAUUGGCAGAUCAGUGCACUGGUCUUCAGGGAUUUCUGAUCUUCCACAGCUUCGGUGGUGGUACUGGAUCCGGCUUCACUUCACUCCUCAUGGAACGUCUGUGUGUCGACUACGGCAAGAAAUCAAAACUUGAGUUCGCCAUCUACCCAGCACCUCAGAUUGCAACCGCAGUCGUUGAGCCAUACAACUCUGUCUUGAAAACUCAUACAACAAUCAGCCACUCAGACUGUACCUUCAUGGUCGACAACGAAGCAAUAUACGACAUCUGCCGACGAAACCUUGACAUCGAAAGACCAUCCUACACUAACUUGAACCGUCUAAUUGGACAGAUUGUAUCCUCCAUCACCGCAUCUCUUCGAUUCGACGGUGCAUUGAACGUAGAUCUGACUGAGUUCCAGACCAAUUUGGUACCCUACCCACGUAUCCACUUCCCUCUUGCUACCUAUGCACCAGUCAUAUCUGCCGAGAAGGCCUAUCACGAACAGCUGAGCGUUUCAGAAAUCACCAAUGCCUGUUUUGAACCAGCCAACCAGAUGGUAAAGUGUGAUCCACGUCACGGAAAAUACAUGGCCUGCUGUCUGUUGUACCGUGGUGAUGUCGUGCCAAAGGAUGUCAACGCAGCCAUUGCUACAAUCAAGACCAAGAGAACUAUUCAGUUUGUUGACUGGUGUCCAACUGGUUUCAAGGUCGGUAUCAACUACCAACCCCCAACCGUGGUACCAGGAGGUGAUUUAGCCAAGGUACAACGUGCCGUGUGUAUGCUGAGUAACACCACAGCCAUCGCCGAGGCAUGGGCUCGUCUUGACCACAAGUUUGAUCUGAUGUACGCUAAGCGUGCUUUCGUGCACUGGUAUGUAGGUGAAGGUAUGGAGGAAGGAGAGUUCUCCGAGGCUCGUGAAGAUCUGGCAGCCUUGGAGAAGGACUAUGAAGAGGUCGGGUUAGAUUUUACGGAAGGGGGAGAGGAGGAGGAGGGCGAGGAAUAUUAAAUUAUGAACUUUAUAAUACUAUAGGCCUAUGAUACGAUCAUAAAUGCCAAACUGAACCGGUGUUGUAACUGCAGAUAAUUCUCAGUGCUAAAAUCGGAUAAAAAGUAAGCUUAAAACAUAUUUGGCAGGUAAUAACACAGAUGUAAACAGUGAAAUUUAUAUUUAUUAUUUAUCUCUUUACUGUUUACAUCGUGUCACUACUUGAUGAAGAGUUAUCCUAGA